AGUCAUUAGUACAUCCCAUCAUCUCAUUGGACAGGAUCGUCACUGACAACCUCGUCCAAAUUAACGACCGGAUAAGCACGUGACGCCCGGCCACCAAUAGACGAUUCAGACGUUGCGAAGGAGGUGGUGUCCUAUUGGUCCGUCCCGGAUACGACCCUGUGCUGUAUAUCGGUUGUUGUGAAGCAUUCAGUCGGGAGCUGCUGAACAGUGUGGUUUGGUUGUCUAGCUGUGGACAGUGUGCACGAUCCCGUCGUCGACGACGGACAUUCUCACUUUAAGGAUUAUUAGGGUGUGUUAUGAACAUGUUGACGUCUAGCAACCAAUAUCUACGUCCGGAGUACCUAUCGCCUCUACCUACCACGCUGGAUGCAAAGAAGAGUCCUUUGGCCCUCCUAGCCCAGACUUGUAGCAACAUCGGUGCGGACAAUCCGAACAAUAAACCCAUCAUUCCACCCCUGGAAAAGAGUAAAGAUGGCGAAAAGAAUAAGGACAAAGGCUCAUCAGACGAUAAGCCAGCAUUUAAACCCUACGAAUCUUCCAAAAAAGAUGAGAGCAAUAGCGACAGCAACGAUAAAAAGACUCCCAUGUCCAAAACGAGUACACCCAUAGCGGGAAGUUGUUCACCCGCUGGUGGAAGUAAUGCUUCUUGUGGUAAGGCCUCACCCUCUGGUUCUGAUACCGGAAGUACGAAUGUUAAAUCGGAAACGGCAACAACAACUUCGAGCAGCUCUGUAAAUUCUAGUAUGCCGCUCAGCAACGUCACUUCAGCUAGUCAGAACACUUUGAGUGGUCUCGGGUAUGGUUCAGCAGCGGCACUCAGCUUGGACCUGGCUAGAACGGAUAGUGUUAAAGAUGGCUUAUCUUCUAUGUCUCAUCUGGCAUUGGGUGCUUACAAAACGGGACUGAACCCUUUAACAAGUUGCACGGGUUGUGCCACCGUCGGAGGACAUAUAUCUCUAGAUGGUAGCCACGGUUUUCCACCCGGUUUGGGCCAGAAUGGCACAUUAAAACCGGGUAAUUAUCCACUGGGAUCUGCGCUCUCACCUUACGUUGGUUACGCACGGGUGAAGACAGCCAGCGGAGGUACAACACUGGUGCCUGUUUGCAGAGAUCCCUAUUGUACUAAUUGCCAACUGAGCAUGCAAAGCGCUCAACUGUCCACGUGUCCGAGCGGAUGCACCCAAUGCACCCACGAAAGAAUGACGUCACCGUUGAGUGCAGCAGCCGUAGCGGCCGCAGCGGGGUUACCGGGACUAACCCCAGGUCUAGUACCGGGCCUAGCAGGUUCCGGUUCACCCGCUGUAUCGGGUGCCGCCGUACCUGGACUUAAUUCUCAUUUCUACACUCACUCCAUGCUACCCAGGCCUAAUGUGUGCAGCUGGAUGGUUGGAGACACCUAUUGUGGGAAGAGGUUCACCACUUCGGAGGAACUCCUACAACAUCUGAGGACCCAUACGAAUUUAUCAGCCGGGGAGGGAUCGUUGUCGCUGAUAUCACCUUCUUUAAGUAUGCCUUCAGCGGUGGGCCUAGGGGCAUGCCAUUUGCAUUACAGCACCGCCACCUCGCUCACCAGUCCUGCUGGACUUCGCAGGACAUAUCCAACAAGUUUAAGCCCCGUUUCGAGCCUAUCGGCCGCCAGUAGGUAUCAUCCCUACAAGCCACCUCUACCUACCCUACCGGGUGCACCGCUUCCACCUUUACCUCAUCCUGGACUCGGAAUGUACUAUUCACCAUACAGCAUCUACGGACAGAGGCUAGGACCACCUGUGCAUCCCUGAUAGAUCCUUCUAGGACGUAAGUCCGGCUCAGUUUAACACAAAAAAAAAACACCAAAGCCUUGUGUACAUAAAGAACUUCCACUUUCUUGCUUUACUGCUUCCUUUCGUGUAUUGUAUAGUGAACUGUAAAAUAAGGAACUUAUUUUGUUUUUUGUGUAUGUAUCGACGAUCUAGACAGAUAUAAAAAAAAAAAGGCAAUACACAAAAAUUUACCCUUUUUCCUCCUCUUCGACUCAAGACAACCACGGGUGUACUUUAUAAAAAAAUAAUAAUGAUUUUUGUGUAUGAACCUCUUCCUUUGGGUGAAGCACAGGAUGGACCGUCGACCCUCCAGAUUGGGUGGAAACGUGUUAAAGUAACGUAUAAACUAUCAAAUUUUCUUCCUUUUAGCUUAUAGAACCUUCAAAAAUAAAUAAAAAAAAAUUAAUAAUAAUAACUGUGAUACCCCCAUAAGAGGGGGGCGAGAUUCAUUCUUUGUUUUUCUUAAGUUCUACCCUAUUUUUUUUUUAACUAUUAACUUUUUCUAGAUUAAAAUUUAAACUUUAGCGUAAGUUUAAAUCUUAUUCUUAGUCUUAUAUUAAUCUGUAGAACCACCCAAUUUUGGAAGGGGCCAAACGGUCUCCUUCUUGACAAUCAAGUGAAGGUAUGGUGGCGUCAUUCAAUACGGGAAAGGUAAAAACUCUGUUUUGAAUGGCACUCGUGGUGGGGGAUGUCUGUUUAUGAUAAUGAAAAAUCUGAUUUUUUCUUCCUCACCGUGUUUCUCAUCUAGUAUUUCCUCCUAGAUAUAGGCUUCUAUGAGAAAUUAUGUUUUGUUAAAAUAAACGUUGCCAUUUUAAAAAUC